CUCAGUCCGGGGCGCAUUGAGCGACUUACACUCAUGUGGCAUCAGUACGGUGGUGUCCUCUUGAUCCUGGACAAACCUUUCCAGGGACACCCCGCCAUGCUCUGCAAUGAGGUCGGGUUGGGCAAGACCAUCCAGGCCGUAUUAGUAAUGUGCCAUAUUGAUUACUCUUCCAACUACUAUGUAAAGCACGGCAAGUGGCCUGGUCAGUUCGGUGGUGAGUCUGACCCGCGAAAAUACAAGCUCAGCCCAUUUCAGGAGAGGGUGCACGUUGUUGUUGUCCCUACCGGCCUGACUGCCCAAUGGAGAAGCGAGUUGGACAGACUUCUCAAGCCACAGGACGUGACUGUGCUUCCCUAUGAAGGU